GUCACUCGGAGACUCCGCCCACCGUUUCUUCCGGCUGCCGGAGACGGAGCGGAGCGGAGGGUUUGCGGGCUGCCCGGCAGGCAGUUGCGCUCAAAUUCCAAAUGAAAAUGUUUGAAAGCAUUGACUCUACAGCUACAAAAUCUGGCCCGGAUCUUUGGGCUGAAAUCUGUUCCUGUUUGCCAAAUCCUGACCAAGACGAUGGUGCCAAAAAUGCCUUCUCAGACUCCUUUAUGGAUUCUUAUCCUGCAAACACAGGCCAGAGAGAGGCCCCGGACUUUGCUACUGAGCCAGCUAUAAAGCCUUGGGCUCCCUUGCAGGAUUCAGAAGUGUAUUUAGCAUCUUUAGAGAAUAAACUGAGAAGAAUCAAAGGUUUAAAUCAGGAAGUGACUUCUAAGGACAUGCUUCGAACCCUGGCCCAAGCCAAGAAGGAAUGCUGGGACCGGUUCCUCCAGGAAAAGUUAGCAUCAGAGUUCUUUGUGGAUGGACUUGAUUCUGAUGAGAGCACCUUGGAACAUUUCAAGAGGUGGCUCCAGCCAGAUAAGGUGGCCAUCAGUACAGAGGAGGUCCAGUAUCUGAUUCCUCCAGAGUCACAGGUGGAGAAGCCAGUGGCUGGGGACGAGCCAGCGGCAGCGGAACAAUAAAUUACAAGUAGACAGACAGACAGACACAGAUAGACAGGUACACACACACACACACACACACACACACACACACACACACACUUGCGUGGAGCAGCUGUCUUGAGUCCAGAGCGAACAGUGGGGAGCUCAAUGGCAGUAUCAGCAAGGAGAAAACUCUGGAGGGGCAAAGCCCAACCUUCCACUCCACAAAGCAAACAGCUGUGGGUACCCGAGGACUUGCUUGGGGCUGGAAUGUGUGUCUGUCUUGGAUGAAGUGACUGACCCAGCGCACGCUAGAUCAAAAUACCGGUUUCCUGUAUGUCUCACAGCUUGCUUGAGCUCUGGUGGUGCAGGUGAGAAGUCUACUGAGAAUCUAGUGAAGGACCCAGAUGUAAAUGUAUGUGGAGCAGCUGAUGCCCUUGUGUAUUAUGUUUAAGUUAAGUGAGCCAUAUUUAUCCUUGCCUCUUCUGGAUUUUCCUACCUGUGUCCCAAGCAUUCCCUGGGUAACUUGACAGGGGUGAGUGGGGCCAAGGAAUGUGAAGUCUGCCUCCUUAAAUCCAAGCCCCAUUUGGGGCUUCUCUAAGUCCAUAAUAAAUAUGAGGACUUUAGCAAAAGA